GAACAGCGUGAAAGUGGAGAAAAGUCCCAACCAGCCAUCUACACGUAGGAACCCGGGGCUCCUGGCUUUUUAUGAUGGUUAUGAUUAUUAUGUGUUAUUAUUAAUCCCUUUCGUGGACCGGCUGCACCCACAGAGGCGCUGAUGCUGCUCCAGGCCGAGAUGCUGCUCAAUUGAAAGGCACCGGGAAAGUCACCCCACCGGGAUAUCUUUGCUUGGCUUCCCCCCCACUGAACCUGCUGGGAGAGGUGUGAGGGGCGUGGGGGAAGAGAGGCGUCUGCCUCAGUGGAGGGGAGCUGGAAAGUCCACGCGACACUUUUCGCCUGCCCUCAGGACGCCCAGGAGAAGAAGGCAAGAAGCUGCCCGGGUUGUUCUGCGUUUCCCCCCCUUUGCGAUCGCUUGCGGCGGCGGGGUGGGGGUUGCAUUCUGCUUUAGUGUGCUGGUCUCGCCUUCCUCUGCGGAGGUCAUGAUGGUGCAUUGUGCAGGCUGCGAGCGGCCCAUCUUGGACAGGUUUCUGCUGAACGUGUUGGACAGGGCAUGGCACAUUAAAUGUGUCCAGUGCUGCGAAUGCAAGUGCAACCUGACUGAGAAAUGCUUCUCCAGGGAAGGCAAGCUUUAUUGCAAAAAUGACUUUUUCAGGAGGUUCGGUACCAAAUGCGCAGGCUGCUCCCAAGGCAUCUCUCCAAGCGACCUCGUCAGGAAAGCCCGAAACAAAGUCUUUCACCUGAACUGUUUCACGUGCAUGGUUUGCAACAAACAGCUCUCCACGGGAGAGGAACUUUAUAUCAUAGACGAAAACAAAUUUGUUUGCAAAGAGGACUAUUUGAACUCGCCCAGCUUAAAGGAAGGGAGCCUCAACUCAGUGUCCUCCUGUACAGACAGAAGUUUGUCCCCGGAUCUCCAGGACCCCAUGCAGGAUGAUACAAAGGAAACAGACAAUUCCACCUCCUCGGACAAAGAGACCACCAACAACGAGAACGAGGAGCAGAACUCGGGCACCAAGAGGAGGGGACCUCGGACUACAAUUAAAGCCAAGCAACUGGAGACUCUCAAGGCUGCCUUUGCUGCUACCCCCAAACCUACCAGGCACAUCCGGGAACAGCUGGCCCAGGAGACGGGGCUCAACAUGAGAGUGAUCCAGGUUUGGUUCCAGAAUCGAAGGUCCAAAGAGAGGAGAAUGAAACAGCUGAGCGCGCUGGGGGCCAGGAGGCAUGCCUUCUUCAGGAGUCCUCGGCGCAUGCGCCCUCUGGGAGGCAGGCUGGAUGAAUCUGAAAUGUUGGGUUCUACCCCUUACACUUAUUAUGGAGAUUACCAAGGAGACUACUACGGGCCAAGCGGGAACUACGAUUUUUUCCCCCACGGGCCUCCCUCGCAAGCCCAGUCCCCAGCAGACUCCAGCUACCUUCCGACCUCAGGGCCCGGCUCCACGCCCCUGGGGCCCCUGGAGCCCCCGCUCCCCGGACACCACUCCUCCGAAAACCAAAGGUACACCGACAUGAUCUCGCACCCCGACACCCCGAGCCCCGAGCCGGGCCUGACCGGCUCGCUGCACCCCAUCCCCGGCGAGGUCUUCAGCGGCGGCCCCAGCCCCCCUUUCUCCAUGUCCAGCAACAGCGGCUACAGCGGCCCCCUCUCGCAUCCCAACCAGGAGCUGAACGAGGCAGCGGUGUGGUAGGGCUGACCCAGCCAGCGGGGGUUUGUGGGGGCGCUGGGGACCCCCGGAUCCCUCUGCCCCAGGCAGAUCCCGCCUCCUCGUCCCAGCCCCGGCUAAGACACCAGGAACCAAAACCGGCCGCCUGACACUGAUGCCAAAAUUCUCCGGAGUCCCCCCACGCCCCAAGCCAACAGGACCGCGGGCCGCUGGGGCUCCCCGCACUCAGUGUCUUUCUUCCUCGCCACGUGUUAGCAGGCACGGGGCCGAGACGUGCCAGUGCUGACUAACCUCUGCAAGUAUCUGAAGCAGCAUCUCUUGGACCAAAGCUGAACUGGACUGGAUCACAGAUUUCCUGAUUGACUGAACUUCAUACUUUGGGGGGGGGGGGGGCUUUUUCUUUCUUUCUUUCUUUUUGCUCCAUCCAGAAUUGCAUCUUUUUUAAUCUUAAUCUGGAAAUGGGGGGGGGGAAACAACCCCUCAUAAUCCACUUUUUUUAUUAGAAGGUUGGUUUUGUGGUGAUGGAGGUGGGAAUGGGAACUGGUGUGUCUUGCAAAAGAAAACCUUCACUGAUGACAAGGCGCCCCCUCGUGGUUAGUUCUGGCUCAGCUUUCCAGGACUGCAGGACUUUAAUGUUUGGAGAGACUUUCAUUGGGGUUUGUUUUGUUUUCCACUGGGCAGAAAUAUAACUAAAACUACCAAUAAAAAAGCGAUCCAAGUCUGAAUGUCUCUGGCAAACACCACUUCAAACCCAAAAGUUUAUUGGAGGCUACACGGAUUGAAGGAUGUAUUAUAGUUUUUGCUUCUAGUUUCUUUAUUUUGUAUAAAGAAGAAACAAAUAAAGUAUGUUUUUGUGUUUA